GUACCAUUUACAUCUCUCUCCCUCUCCCUCUCUCUCUCCCUCUCUCUCUGUGUACGUUUCGACAGAGAAAUUCUCGCUGUAUUGAUGCAGCAUGGAUGCCGAAUCACAGAUUGCAGGAUAAACCCUAAUCCCUGACUCCUCUGUUUCAUCAGUCCUUCUGAUUUUCUCUUCUUUUGUCGAAUCCUCCGUGGCCGAUUCCGAUUUCUCCGGUUUUGGAUCGGUGAGGUUGGAUCAUGGAUGUAAGCGAGCUUGAGGAGAGCUUGUUCGCGGCUAGCGAUGCCAAGUUACAUAGAGACAUGUGCAAGGAGCUAUCCGCAGUUUACUGCAAGGUUCUGUCUGUAUUUCCCUCGUUGGAAGCAGCAAGGCCUCGGAGUAAAUCAGGGAUCCAAGCCUUAUGCUCGUUGCAUAUUGCACUCGACAAGGCAAAGAAUAUCCUUCAACAUUGUUCUGAAUGUAGCAAACUUUACUUGGCCAUAACCGGGGACGCUGUUCUGUUAAAAUUCGACAAGGCAAAGGCUGCACUUAUCGACGGUCUUAAACGUGUGGAGGAUAUUGUUCCAAGUUCAAUCGGGUCUCAGAUUUUGGAAAUUGUUGGUGAACUAGAAGGCACCAAGUUCAAGCUUGACCCGUCGGAGAAGGAAGUUGGUGAUCAGAUAAUCACUCUGCUUCAACAAGGAAAGAAAUUCGACAACUGCAACGACAAUACCGAGCUCGAAAUCUUUCACCAAGCAGCUACUAGACUUGCCAUAACUUCUUCUAGAGCUGCUCUGGCAGAGCGAAGGGCGCUGAAGAAACUGAUUGACAGGGCACGAGUGGAAGAAGACAAGCGGAAGGAGUCUAUCGUGGCUUACCUUUUGCAUCUUAUGAGGAAAUACUCCAAGCUAGUCAGAAGCGAGGUUUUGGAUGAUAAUGACUCUCAAGGCUCUUCACCAUGUUCUCCCACUGUCCAAGGUUGUAAUGACGAUGUUGGAGGUGGGAGCGUUCAAGGGUUUGGACGCCAGCUAUCCAAGUUUGGUUCUUUCAACUUCAAGUCCAUUAACAGUAGGAAAUCAGCGCAGAUGCCCAUUCCACCGGAGGAACUGAGAUGCCCGAUAUCGUUGCAGCUUAUGUGUGAUCCCGUAAUUAUUGCUUCCGGGCAGACUUAUGAACGGGUUUGCAUCGAGAAAUGGUUCAAUGAUGGGCAUAACACUUGUCCAAAGACUCAGCAGCAGCUCCCUCAUCGGUCCCUUACUCCCAAUUACUGUGUUAAGGGUCUUGUCGGGAGCUGGUGCGAGCAGAAUGGAGUCCCUAUCCCAACCGGGCCACCAGAAUCUCUUGACCUCAACUACUGGAGGCUCGUUCUUUCAGAUUCCGAAUCCACAAACUCAAAGUCAGUCGAAAGUGUGGGAUCUUGCAAAUCGAAGAGCGUAAAAGUGGUUCCACUGGAGGAGAGUGGUGCUAUUGUAGCUGAACAAGGAAACAACGAAGAGAAACUUGUGACUGAUGAUGAGGAUUCUGAUCUGAAUGUACUUGAGAGGUAUCAGGAUUUAUUGGCAGUCUUGAACGCAGAGGAAGAAGGUUUGGACAAAAAGUGCAAAGCUGUAGAAAGAAUAAGGCUAUUAUUGAAAGAUGACGAAGAGGCGAGGAUCUUCAUGGGUGCCAAUGGAUUUCUCGAAGCCUUAUUGCGGUUUCUGGAAUCAGCUGUUCAUGAAAAUGAUGCAGUGGCAGAGGAAACCGGAGCUAUGGCUCUGUUUAAUUUGGCUGUAAACAAUAACAGGAACAAAGAGUUGAUACUGAAUUCAGGGGUAAUUCCACUUCUGGAGAAAAUGAUAUCGAGUUCCCACUCUCACGGGCCUGCCACCGCCCUUUACUUGAACCUUUCGUGUCUAGAAGAUGCCAAACCCGUCAUAGGUUCGAGUCAAGCUGUCUCUUUUCUAGUCAAUCUUCUUCAUAGCGAAAGCGGGAGGCAAUGCAAGCUCGAUGCCCUUCACACCCUUUACAACCUUUCCACGUACUCUCCCAAUAUCCCGGCCCUCCUUUCGUCCGGAGUUAUCAAGAGCCUCCAAGCUCUUGCCUUGACGGGUGAAAACUUGUGGGUAGAGAAGUCGUUAGCUGUGUUUCUGAAUCUAGCUUCGAGCCAGGAGGGCAGAGAGGAGAUGAUAUCGUCUCAGGGAAUGAUUAGCUGUCUUGCAACGGUGUUAGACACGGGUGACACGAUCGAACAAGAACAAGCGGUGGCCUGCCUUCUCACUCUAUGCAUGGGAAACGAGACGUGCAGUCAGAUGGUUCUACAAGAAGGGGUAAUUCCAUCGUUAGUGUCGAUCUCAGUGAACGGGUCUCAACGGGGAAGAGAGAAGGCUCAAAAGCUUCUGAUGUUGUUCCGGGAGCAGCGGCAACGGGACCAGCCAUCGCCAAAAGGGGACGAGCCACAUGAAAUUCCCCGGAAAUCGAAUUCUUCCAUCUCCUCCCCUUGUUCAGCUCCCAAAACCCUUUCUUCUCCUGCUUCUGAAGGAAAACCCUUGUCCAAAUCAAUCUCGAGGAGGAAGACGAUGACAAGGCCGUUCAGUUUCUUCUGGAAGAAAAGCUACUCGCUUCACCAGUGAGGGACGUUCAUUCGAUGUAAAAAGCUUUUUCCCCCUUUCAGCUCUUACUGACUCCACUGUUUCAUAGAGAAGAAGAUUAUGUACAUUCGAUUUUUUUUUGCUAUUUUCCCUCUCACCGGCUUUUGCUGGCUUUCAUGUAGAUAUCUUACACAUGUAUUAUUAGAUUUUACGGUAGCUUACAGUUAUAGAGAAACCUCAAGAGUUU